CGUAGGGAAAACACCAUCUCCUUCACCCACCAUCAUCAUCUUCUUCUUCUUCUUCUUCUUCUUCUUCUUCCUCAGUUGCACAGCCAUGAGAUCUCUCAGCCCUUGCAGUUAGUCUCGUCCUUUCGAAGCUGGGUCCGGCGGUUUCCUCAGUUCCUUGAGAUCGGCUCCAUAAAAACCUGCAGAUCAUGUAAGAGUUCGUCGCAUCAACCCAGAAUUCUGCAAAACCCAAAUCUUGAAAACCCUCAGGAUAAAAAAAAGAGAGUUUCCUCACUUCUUGUUCAUGGUACAGUGGGGCUCUCUGUCUGUCUGUUCGUAGUCUAAAGUGGCUCGUUUCAUUUCUCCAAUCAUUCCUUAGAGACACAUUUAGAAAAACCUGCACAGCAUGUAAUACCUGCCCUUUCUUACCUCUCACUCCAGGACCCCCAAAAAAAAAAAAAAAUCGUAAUUAUUGUCACUGCCCUAGUCAUGAUUUGAGCGCAGUCUUGGUGUUUAGUGUGGUGAGAAUCCUGGAGAAGAUCGAGACGAAAGUGUGAGGACAGCCUCAUAAAAGCCUACGAAUCAUGUAACAGUCUCCUCUGUCUGUCUCGCUCUCUCUCGCUCUAUCUUGUUCCAAGCUAUCCUCUCCCACCCCAAAAAAAAAAAAAACCCAAAAAUAUUUUUUCACUUUUGCUAUCUCUAGCCGUGUUAUUUGGUUAAAUUCCAAAAAAAAAAAAAAAGACAAGAAAGAAAUGCCAGAAUCGCCAACAGCAGCAUCAGCGCCGGCGACGCCGGGGACGCCGGCGCCACUGUUCCCAGGGAUGAGGGUGGACUCGCUGUCGUACGACAGGAAGUCAAUGCCGCGCUGCAAGUGCCUCCCGGUGAACGCUCCCACGUGGGGCGAGCCCCACACGUGCUUCACCGAUUUCCCCGUUCCGGACAUCUCUCUCACACGCAAGGUUGGAGCUGAAUUUGUGGGAACCUUCAUCCUGAUAUUCGCGGCAGCGGCCGGGUCAAUUGUGAACCAGAAGUACACCGGCUCCGAGACGCUGAUUGGCAGCGCGGCGUGCGCGGGGCUCGCGGUGAUGAUCAUCAUCCUGUCGACCGGCCACAUCUCGGGAGCUCACCUGAACCCCUCCCUCACCAUCGCCUUUGCGGCCCUCCGCCACUUCCCUUGGGUCCACGUCCCCGCCUACAUCGCCGCCCGGGUCUCGGCCUCGAUUUGCGCUUCGUUCGCUCUCAAGGGCGUCUUCCACCCGUACAUGGCGGGCGGCGUCACUAUCCCUUCCGUCAGCCAUGGCCAAGCCUUCGCGCUCGAGUUUCUAAUCACUUUCAACCUCUUGUUCGUCGUCACCGCCGUCGCCACCGACACUCGCGCGGUUGGAGAGUUGGCGGGUAUAGCUGUUGGAGCCACGGUUAUGCUCAACAUUCUUGUUUCGGGGCCAGCUAGCGGCGGCUCGAUGAACCCAGUUCGCACCCUAGGCCCGGCCGUGGCGGCCGGGAACUACAGAGCCCUGUGGAUCUACCUGGUGGCCCCGACGCUCGGAGCUCUGGCCGGAGCCGGCACCUACACGGUUGUCAAGCUCCGGGACGACGAGGCCGACCCGCCCCGCCCGGUCCGGAGCUUCCGGCGCUAGAGAGGAGGCGCCUCUCUUGCGUCCCCCCGCCCGCCCAUUGAGAGACCGCUCCAUUCACUAUCAUGGGCAUGUUGGUGGGUGAGGAAGAAUCGAUGGUGUGAGAUAAAAAGUGUCUUCAAAAAAGAGAAAAAGUUCAAAAAAGAAAAGGUUUUUAAUGUAAGUUUGAGAGCGAGGUAUGGAUGUGACCGAAAGUCCACGCUCUAUAGUUUGGGAAUGUUUGUGCUUGAAUAAAGUUUGCUGGGCACCGCAGCUGGAUCGUGAGCGCGGGUGGACCCAUGGGAACUCACUGAGUCACUGACUCGGAUUCGAUGUGUGUGUGUGGGUGUGUGUUUUUUUUUUUAAAUAUUUCAGUGUGGUUUGUCUUCUACCGAGAGCUCUGGUGUCUUUGGCUCAUUCCCUUUGUGUUAUAAAUAAUAAUAAAAAGUGGGAGUCGCACGUGUGUGUGAUUAUUCGUGUGUA